UCACGUGCUCAGCGUAGCAACGUCAUGGAAAACAGCAGUCCAGAUUCCUACGCUAGCGAAGAAAGCAAGCGAGAAAACAGUGAGGAAAGUAUACAACUUGUUGAUGAGAAAGGCCAAGAUGUGACGAAUGUGGAUGAAAAAUGUACGCAGCAAACACAAGACGAAGAUGGAGAACAAGUCCUGGUAGAAAAAGAUGGAAAAUUUGAGUUGGUCAAUGCAUCAGAAGUGAACGCUCAUUGGAGCCCGCAGUCAAUACAGACAGUCUUGGAGGCGAUCAACAUUAGCGAUGUAGGAACGAUGAAUGAUGUACUUGCAGAACACGGCGAAGAAAAGGCUGGAAAUGUAAAGUCAACAUGUAUAAGAGAGACAGAGGCACAUAAUGAAGUUGAUGUGCAUCCACCUGACGAGGAAAUCAGGCGUAUUUUGGAUGAACUAAAAGCAGAGAAUAGUUUGGUUACUAGUGGAUCCGGAAAUGACAACGUUCAUUGUGAUACAGAGAUGACCAGAGCACUUGUAUCUGAACCUGCACUACAAUCGCUCGUGUCACCAGUUUUACAGUCAGAAAGGGAAGUUUCUGUACACGCACAGAAUGUACUGUACUUCCCUUCAGGUGGUCAUCUAGCGGCUAGUUCUAUAAAUCACAGAAAAGAAAAGUUAAAAUAUUCGAAUGGGCCCAGCAAUCAGCAACAGGACAAUGAAGCUGCAAGACGGCUUCAAGCUCAGGAAGCAUUUAGGGCUUGGCUUUCUGCAAAGAAAGAACAGAAAAAGGCAAAAUUACAGAGUACUAGAAUUGCGAUGGAAAUGCAACAGGGCUUUUCAUGGACUGCGAGAUCACAAGCUAGUAGGGAGGACUGUGAUGCUAGAUUUGGAGAAUGGCUUCAGGAGAAGAAAAGGCAGAGGCAUCGUGAAUUACAGCUACAGACCAGACAGCAGCAGUUAUUGGAUGAAGAAAUAGUAAAGCCAUCUGAACACGAAAUUGAAACAGCUUACAAACGAUGGUUGAAGGGUAAGAAAAAGCAAAAAUUUGCAGCAAAAACAAAGGCAGAGUCUGUCCAGAAGCAGCAGAAACUGGAAGCAAGACGUAUUAAACAGUCUCUUGAUAUGAGGUUCUCAAUGGCUUAAAUCUGAAUUAUACAAUUGAGCAAUAUCCCAAGUUACUUUUUCAAGUGUACAUGCUAGAAUAUGCUUGCUGCAUGCAGUGAUACUGUCUUUGUCAGGAUUGCUAAUCAGGUAUGAUUUUAGUUACACUGCUUUUCUGCAUGCACGUUACUUAUAUAAUUUCUGCGUACAUUCCACUUAGAAUGUGAUUAUUUGGAAUUUUAUGGUGUAUUAUUGACUACCACAGUGAGUGUAUACGUGCCUUGCACUAAAAAUUCCUAUA